UAAAAAGCACUAUGGUCUUGGCAUGUAUAAAAAUGUCAGGCCACAGCUUUGUAGACAGUAUUCACGAGUUGUCUUUAAGUCACAGUAGUUCGGCGAUUGUGUUUGAUAUUUGAAAAGGAUUUUUUGUGUUGAUAAAAUUUGUGGCGAUGUAUUGCGCGUACUAUAUUUGCACUUUAUCGCUCUGCAUUGGCAAUGCUUUGGCUGUGCUAUAUAAUGGCGAAGCGCCUAGGGAGCAUGCUGCAACUGUUGUCGGUGGGCUGUCUCAACAACAACAAAAACAACAUGCAGACCAGCUAACACUUCCUGGCUAUCAUUACAGUGCGCCAGCAGCAACAACCCAACAAGCAUUCACUGGCUAUCGUUAUAACGCACCGGCAGCAGCGACAGCGACAGCAACUGAAACUACAACAACCACAACUACAGUACGGCCACCAACCACAACCGCUCCCACACAGUCUGCAGCCAUUGGGUAUAAUUAUAACAAGCCGUUGGCCGAAAGCGAUCGCAACCGACAACGCUUCUAUCACACCCAACACUAUCAGCCGAGUCAACUGACGCCCGCUUUGGCGGUAAGCAGCGAUGCCGAUGUGCGACAACAAUUAGCGCUGAGUGCCGCGCCCAGUUAUUAUGUGCCACAAGCGGAAGUUGUCGAAUCAAGUAGCAAGCAACCGAAUUUCUUUGUGCCGCGCAUUGUAACAGCUGCAGCUGGAGCGCAAAAGCAAACGGCACAAGCAGCCACUGUUUUGACGGGAGGUUACAGCUAUGCGCGCCCGACGAGUAACGCCGAAGCGGCAGCUGACACGUCAGCAUCCUAUCAGCAAGCCUUUCAGCAGUUCGCCGACUAUUUGAUAUGGCAAAGAGCGCAGAUCAAGCAGCAGGAACAAACGGAAAUUCGCACGCAAACAGCAGCGCAGCAACAACAACACACAGUUCCUUACGCCACACAAGCUGCUGAGAGCCCGGUGCUGCCGCAAAUCAACUUUCCAUAUGCUUACAGCGAAUAUGGUGCCGCAACUGCAGUAAGCGGCAGUCCAAUCCAAGCGACAACACAAACUGCGCCGGUGACUUUAGCUACACAAAAUUACGCACCAACUGCUGCGACAACUACAACAGCGCCAGCCACAACUUUAUUGGCUUCAGCACCAGCGCCAGCUUUGAUUGAGAGACGUCCAUUGAGCAACGGUCAAUUGCUAAGCGGUGAACGUUUCAUUGGGAAGGAUAACACUGGCGUCGAGUACUAUAUGGAGAUGCCAUCCGAGUCGUUUGAACUGCCCACUUACAGCACCAUGGAGAUGACACCAAGUCACGACCUGAGCUCAAGCCACGUACUGAGCUCAAACCACGUACUGAGCUCCAGUCACGACCAAAGCGCUAGCCAAAGCUAUGCUCAAAGUAAUGUUGUUGACAAGCCUGCUCAACAAUCAACAGCGCAGUUGUUCCAUAAUAAUGCACCGUAUUUUUAUGAGCCCGCCUUGCGACUCGAACAGCAACAGCAACAGCAAGAUCAACAACAACAACGGGACGCUCCAACGCAGCAAACAUAUGUGGUUCAAGAGCAAGCGCAGCAGGCAGUGCCACAACAACAAAGCCAACAAUUCGUGAGUGACAAUAGGUUUGUGCAAACAUUUGCACAAUUACCAACGGAAGCGACGAAAACGCAAACGUCUCAACCGAAAGAAACGUGGUUUGCAGAAAUACCACAUUGGCCGCAGAAUGUAGCAUUGCAGCUGCAGCAACAAUCACAACAACAUUUGUUGCAACAACAGCAGCCAUUGUAUAGCCGUGUGGUUAAACCAUUGGCACAACAAGCACAUGAACUCGGUCAGUCACAACAACAGUUGCAAUUGCAACAACAACAACAAAAUCAACAACAAUCGCAAGAACAACAUCAAACUCAACAACAACAAUUCCAAUCGCAGCAACAACAGCCAAUUAGACAACAAUAUCAAUCGCAGCAACAACAACCGUCAGCAAAGCAAAAUUUUUACCCCAAAGUGCAGUCACUACCUCCCCCUCAACCACAGAAAGUUUCGACGACCUCCACUGCUGCAAACUCAGCAACCCCCUUGGAUCAUAACUCUCAGCGCCAACCACAGCCUACACAACCCACUACGCCCACAAGCAACUCCAACGCCUUCUUCAAUAUUGGUUCAUCCCAAUAUCGUCGACCACAUAGCAACUAUGGUGUACCGUUAGAAAGUCAUAAGACAAGCGGUUAUAACUAUCAGAGACCAGUCGGUCAGUGAAGGUGAAGUGAUGUUGCCGAGGUUAUGGUGUCUCAUUUAAUUAGCUAU